AUGGAUGGUGGAGGUGAUGGUGGAGGUGAAUCUUCACCUAAGUUUGUGCUACUUGAAGAACUAGGUGAGCUUGGAGGACUAGAAUUGGAGCUAGAACUUCCACUUGAGCUUGAAUUUAUUACAAGGACUCAAGGUAUUGUGAAUCAUCUUAGGACUCAAGGUGAAACUAUAUCAGAUCAUAAAAUUGUAGAAAAGGUUUUAAGGUCUCUUCCUCCUAAAUUUGAUCCAGUAGUAAUUGCUAUUGAUGAAAGUAAAGAUCUAACUACUUUCAAAGUUGCAGAAUUAAUUGGUUCUUUGCAGUCUCAUGAAGAGUGCAUGCAACAUUCUAUAGAAAGUUUUGUUCAAGCUUUCCGGAAAAAGAAAUCUGACUUGAAUAAGUCAAAAGCUAGUUAUGUAGAAGAAUCUUCUGAUGCAAAGAAUUCUAUGUUCUUUGCAUGGAAUUUGGCAAAAGAACCCCAAGAGGAUGUCUGGUUCUUGGACAGCUGUUGUUUAAAUCACAUGACAGGUAAAUCUGAUUUCUUUGCCAAAUUAGAUGAUUCAGUGAGGAGUAAAGUUAUAUUUGGAGAUGAUAAGGAGGUUGAUGUAAUGGGAAAAGGCACCCUUGCAGUCAAGACUAAGCAAGGAGACACUACAAAUAUCCAUAAUACUUUCUUUGUGCCAGAAUUACAGCAUAGUCUUUUGAGUAUAGGACAACUUCUAGAAAAGAACUAUAAAGUUGUAUUUGAAGAUAGUUGUUACAAAAGUUUUGAUAAAUCUAAUAAUCAUCAUCUUGUAGCAAAGACUUAUACAUGA